AUGGAAAGGAUAUUCCAUGAACACUUCUACCAUACCAAUCGAGAGAUAACGGUCGCUGAGCUGGCAAGGAUGAGCCAAGCGUCAGAUGAGUUGCCUCGCGAUUACCUGCAGCGGUUCAAGACAUGCAGGAAUUGGUGCCGAACUAACCUUCCAGAGAGGGAAUUCGUCAAAAUGGCCGAAGAAGGGCUAGAAUUCGAAUACCGGAAAAAGUUCAAAUGGAUCGAAUUUCGGGACAUGCAUGACCUGAUCAGCAAGGUGGACAGAUACGCAUCCCUGUUGAAGAAGGAAAUGCAGAAGAAAACGGCCUCAAAACGGACUUAUUACAAGAACCCCAUCGUCGGCUAUACCGAGGCAGACGGCCCAGUCGAGGUCGAAGAUGGCGAAAUUGAGAUAAACUCGGCUGAAGUCAGCAUAGACAAACCUUUCAUCUGCAAGGAACUUGUCAAGGCCGACAAUAGCCGGACGAAGAUUCCCGAUGCCAAGUUUGCGGCCCGAGAAACGAAGGCCUACACUUUUGAUUUGUCAAAGACUGAGGCCAUCUUCGAUUUGUUACUAACCGAGAAAAAGGUCAAAAGGAAGACGUUUUGCAAAUACCACAAUUCUUGGUCUCACAAUACCAACAACUGUAUCGUCCUACGGGAAGUUAUCCAGAAAUUAAUAUAUGAAAAGAAGCUCUAG